AUGGAGGAGUCCAGUGACUUGUAUGAUGUGUACGAGACAAAUGGCCCCCCUCCCUGGGCAGACGACCAACAUCAUGGUCUGGAGGAUCUGGACAAUGUGGAGUGUCUCAGAAGGAAGAUCAAAUAUUACUUUAUGAACCCUUGUGAGAAGUACCACGCUCGCGGCCGAAAACCAUGGAAACUCAUACUGCAGAUCAUCAAAAUUGCCAUUAUUACUGUCCAGUUAGUGUCUUUUGGGCUGAGCAACCAGAUGGUCGUCACAUUCAAGGAGGAAAAUCUGAUGACAUUCAAGCACCUCUUCCUGAAAGAUUAUGUCGAUGGCGGCAUGGAUAUGUAUGCUGUUUACAGACAGGCUGAUGUUUAUGAUCACAUCGAUUACAUCAUUGAACAGUAUGGACAUCUGCACAACAUCACAGUAGGCAAUCACGCCUAUGACAAAAAUGGUACUUUCUACACCCCCCUUACAUUGUGUCAGGAGUUCUACAGAAACGGUACCAUCUACCCUGAUGAUGAGACCUUUGAAAUUGAUGCCGAAGUGGAAACGGUAUGCCUUAACGUUUAUCCGAUGUAUCCGUCAUUGCGUGAAGCACUUCCACAUUUUGAAUUGCAUUUCAAAAGGUUGCUCUCUAUCAAGGUCACAUUUGUUCUCAAAGCCAUAAAUUUACAGACGGUGAGACAUCGAGAGCUGCCAGACUGCUACGACUUUACCGUUAUUAUCACUUUCAACAACCUCGCUCACAGCGGCAGGAUAAAGGUUGACCUGGAAAACGAUGUAGACAUCAAUGAAUGCAGAGACUGGAAAGUGGCUGGGGCAUCUCCUAGGAACGUAUACCUGACUGUGCUGUUUGACUGCCUCAUUAUUAUAACGUGCAUCACCUCCUGCACCCUCUGCACACGCUCAGUGAUUAAUGGGAUUCAACUGCAGAGUGAGUACACACUCUACUGCAAGAACCUCUGCGGUAAAGACGUCCCAUGGUCCGACAGGUUGGAGUUUGUGAACGGUUGGUAUAUCCUGAUCAUUGCUAGCGACACAUUUACCAUCAUUGGCUCCAUUCUCAAGAUCGAGAUCCAGACUAAGGUCCUCACAAGUUAUGAUGUCUGCAGCAUCUUCCUUGGGAUAGGCACCAUGUUUGUGUGGAUCGGGGUCAUCCGCUACAUGGGCUACUUUAAGAAGUACAAUAUUCUCAUCCUGACACUGAGAGCAGCUUUCCCAAACGUUAUCCGUUUCAUCUGCUGCGCUGGAAUCAUCUACCUGAGUUACUGUUUUUGUGGCUGGGUCGUCCUUGGUCCGUAUCAUGAGAAGUUCCGGACCUUGAACACUGUGUCAGAGUGUCUAUUCUCCCUGAUCAAUGGAGACGACAUGUAUCCCACCUUCAAGAACAUGAAGCAGAAGAGCAGCCUGGUGUGGACCUUCAGCAGGGUCUACCUCUAUUCCUUUGUCUCGCUCUUCAUCUACAUGAUCCUCAGCCUUUUCAUCACAAUCAUCACCGACACCUAUGACACCAUCAAGCAGCAGCAGCAGAGUGGAACUCCGACAUCGGAGCUGCAGAAAUUCAUGUCUGUGUGUAAAGAUCCGCCAAACUCUGGGGUGUACAGACUGGACGAAAACAACGGCUGCUUCUCGAACUGCUGCGGCACCAGGUGCAGGAAGCGUCAGGAGAGGCUGACUUCAGAGGCAUAGCAAUGUGGAAAUAUCAUUUUAAAAAAGGUUAUAGUUUGUACAGUAUAACCUAACAAUGUGCACUUUAUACUGUUAUAUUCAAUGGGAGAGGCUUAUACUUUUCCCCUCUUUAACAUUAUGCCUCAGGUGUAAAACUGCUCCUUCACAUUUAAUCACAGGAACAGGAAGGAUAGAUACGAACGAAUUUGAGACACCGAUGAAAUCUGGUCUCUAUGAUGCAGAAAGCACUUUAUAAAUACACUUAUUUAUAUCAAUAUGUAGAUGGAAAAAAAAAAGGACCCUUAAAUUGUAUUUGUUUUUUUCAAUGCAUUUCAUGGAAGGAUCCCAACGUUGUACACAGAAGAUGA